UUUGCGCAUUUUUUGAUAAAAAUAGUAAAUAGAUAAAAUAAACUACAAUGGGGAUGAGUAAGGAAGAAAAGAAAGCUAAAAAAGAAGCCAAACGUCUGGAAAAGUUAAAAGCAGAAACUGAAGCUCGUAAGAAGCUUAAACGUGAGGAACUACAGCGUGAAAUGGCAGCUCAGGCUUUGAAGAGAGGUGAACUGGACAGAACUUGGCGCGAGCUUAUGCUCAAAAUUAAAGAACCUGUCUUCAAACAAGAUAUCGAGGUUAUGUGGCAUACGUUUGAACGGGCAUUCGAUAAGAAAGAUCAUCUUAUAAACUAUACAAUGAAACUGAUGGAUGUUGCUGAUGACCAGUUCCAACGCUGCGUCGCCAGUUUCUGUGAUACAAUAGAUACAAUGAUCAAUAAGUUUUUGACGGACUUAGAUGACUUGUCCAAGGAAAACGAUAUCAGAACCGCCAACCUUUUGAAGAGUGGCGAAGACGAUGCUGCUCAAAUAAUGACGGAUCACAACGCAGCUGAGACUCAUCUGCAACUGAUGCUUUAUCACGGGCACACCACAGCCGAUGCUCUAGCUUGGACGACGAGAGGUGAAAACCUCGUCAAAGAAGAUGAAGAGCGCAGCAAAUAUGCUAAUGAACGCGAAAACCUGAGAUCCUUUCUUGAAAACAGGUACAACGCUGUGUGGGAUGAAUAUAAAGCUGUUCUCAAAGCGUACGUCGUUGAAACUGCCGAUAAUCAGAAACAAGUGCGUAAAUUGCGUCGUAAGGAAAAUUUAAUGGCUGACAUAAUUGCUUCACAAGGCAAGAAAAUUGCCAACAGUGAUGGAAUGCUCAAACGCCUUCGCACAGAGUUAGCGGCGUAUGAGUCGGGUACAAAGCAGGCUGUUUUCCGAGACCGUCGUAACCGACACCGAGCAGCAUGUCAUAAACUGAAGAAACGACUCAUCAAUGGGUGCGCCACUGAUGUAAAACAAAUGGCUAUUUUAGUCCGAGUAUCAGAUAGCACUGUAGAAUGGCUUGAAGGAGCAGCAAAAAAAGGGGAAAGGAUACUUCGUAUGGCUGCGCUGUGUAGAAAAUUUCAGAGUCAACGCGAGAAAGUCAUGCCUUACGGUUCCGAUAUUCCACACUCUCCUACACAGGUGGGUAAUUUGCGUCAGCAGAAAUCGGAUGAUUCAUUGGUUGCAAAUGCCAUAUCCUCAACGUGCGGUUUGACUAGGCUGUGGCAACGUAUCGCAAAAGCAGAGUUGACAAAGAGGGCUUUGUAUCGUGAAAAACUGCUUUUGGAACAAGAAAACGCUUAUAUUAUGAGAAAAAUUCAAGCGCUAAAAGAGAACAAGAUUGGUCCAGACACUCAAAAAUGCAUUUGUGGUGCUCCAGCUAAAAGAGGAGCGCUUAACCCACCCACCGCGGUUGAAGGCGUUUUGGAAAUUAGUAAAUAUAGAAAACUUUAAUGAA